UCAAGAAAGUAAUAAAGACACCAACACCCAACAAUCAGAAGUUCAAAAGAUGUUUCAAAAUUUUAAGGAUAUUUUUCCUAAAAAUCUACUUGACCAUUUGCCUCCAAAACAAACUGUUGACUAUACUAUUAAUUUUGUAUCAAGUUCAGAACCCUCAUCUUGCCCCAUCUACCGAACAUUCUAUGAAGAAUUGCUAGCUAACCAAAAUUUUUUAGAAUAUGAAUAUCUUAAAGAUCAAUAUUUUUUACCUAUAUUUAAAAUUUUAAAAGAAGAAUUUAUUAAUAAUUCUAAGCAACAAGCACGUGUUAAACACUUUGAAUUAAAUGAUAGAAAAAUAUAUUUGAAGGAAGGUUUUAGAUUAGCAAUCCCUCUUAAUAAAAAAUUAAGAAUAUAUCUACUCCAGGAGCAUUAUGAUAUCAAAACUGCUG